CGCAGUGAGUACGAUGCACCGUAAACAGCAAUUCAUGCGACCCCUGCUUACCAAGGACAUAUCGCACGGAGACACAUAUUCUGUAUUGUGAUGUGGCGAGAAAAAUGUCUAUUAUGCGACUGAAACCUUGCGUGCUGAGAGGAGAGGUCGGCUUCACCGGUAGUGCACGGGCGCGUUUGUGUUGUUUUGUCGGGACGUUUGCGGUGAGCUCACUUGGAGCAUGCUAACUGCGCUAAACUGCUGCGCUGUGGGGGUGCAGUACCGUCGCCUCUGAACACACCAGUUAAAGGGUUUACAGUGGGUUUAUUCGGCACUGAGACGUAGCUGUGAUGUUAGCUGUGAUGUUAGCUGUGAUAUGUGUGUUUGAAGAAUGAAUGUACGUUGUGUUUUUGUAUGUAGUAUAGACUCCUGCAUGAUGGGCAUGCUUUGUGUCGGUAUAAUCUGACUUUCCUUCCCUUUGCCUAUAUAAGGGCAUCUGGUUAGAUCUAUUGUGUUGGUUAGUCUGUGCUAUCGUGCUAAUAUGAAAGCAAAUCUUUGAGAUGUUAUUAGUCGGUCACCGUGAUUAUUUUUUAGAAUGACAGCAUCGCUAUCGCUACCGAUGCACUGUCCUUCACAAGCUAUUAAAUGAGUUCCUCCACCCGUUUGGGUUUGGACUUCAUGCAAACGCAGUCACCUCCGGCUUGUUAAGCUACAGAAGACAGGUAAUUGUAUAUGGCAAAUAUUUUCAGUGAUGACAAACUGUAUCUAGCCGAAGAAAGAUUUUUUUAGAAAGAAAUCCUAGAAAGCAUCCCCUCCUGCUGUAGAAUGGCUUCCUGGGAUCGUAAAGACGGUGUGGAUGGAGCGUGUGUCAAACCUCUGCCUUAUCCGUGUGAGGACUCUGCCCAGGCGCAGAAAUCGAAAAGCCUACCUACGCUCAACGAGACACAAGUUUUAGAAACAGACGGGCCUGAACACCCCCCGCCAGAAGGCGCAGAUGUCAGCUCCUCGUCCAAAGCGGAGGAGUCUCUCAACUCGUCGAGCGGGGACGCGGGCGGUGUGGCAGGGAGGAGCCGCCGGAUCGCUGCGGUGAUCCCCGCACAGUUGGCGCGCGUGUCCCUCAGGCGCUACCUGCGCGUGCUGUUCUCGGACUCGCGCUGCUUCUUGUUCUACAUGUGUUACCUCACGUUCAUUCAGUCGCUCAUGGUGUCCGGCUACCUCAGCAGCGUCAUCACCACUAUAGAAAAGCGCUACAGUCUGCGUAGUUCCGAAUCUGGUCUACUUGUCAGCUGUUUUGACAUAGGAAGUCUCCUCAUUGUCGUCUUCAUCAGCUACUUCGGUGGACGUGGCCGGCGGCCACGCUGGCUUGCCAUAGGCGGAAUGGUCAUUGCUGUGGGUGCUGCACUUUUUUCCCUCCCGCACUUUAUCUCUCCACCUUAUCAGCUAGAGCAGCUGAACACUACAGGACGCGGAGGGGGGCUUUGCACUAUUACCAAUAGCAGUAGAAGAGAUGGACCAGAGGCAUGUCCACGGGACCAGGAAGGCACUGAGCAUGCUCUGUAUGUUGCACUGUUUAUUUGCGCUCAGAUUUUGAUUGGCAUGGGGUCCACACCAAUUUACACGCUUGGACCCACCUACUUGGACGACAAUGUGAAAAAGGAGAAUGCAUCACUAUACUUGGCAAUCAUGUAUGUAAUGGGAGCUCUAGGUCCGGCUGCUGGCUACCUGCUGGGUGGAGUUCUGAUUGGGUUUUACGUGGACCCAAACACUGUUGUGAACAUUGACCAGAAUGACCCACGUUUUGUAGGAAACUGGUGGAGUGGGUUUCUUUUCUGUGCUGUGGCUAUGCUGCUAGUGAUAUUCCCCAUGUUUGGCUUUCCAAAGAAGCUUCCCCCUCGCCACAAGAAGAGCAGCAGAAAGAAAAAGCGUGUGGGGGACCUACCAAGUGAUGAUGAGGUGAUGAAGGAAAAGAGCCAAGCUGUUUCUUCCUCCAUUGGCUUUGGAAAAGACAUCAAAGAUUUGCCCAAGGCAGCCCUGCGUAUCUUAAGCAAUGUGACAUUUUUAUUUGUAAGUUUGUCGUACACAGCAGAGUGUGCCAUCGUUACAGCAUUCAUCACUUUCAUUCCUAAGUUCAUUGAGUCUCAGUUUGGGGUUCCAGCAUCAAGUGCCAGUAUCUACACAGGUUUGGUUAUUGUGCCAAGUGCCGGUGUUGGGAUAGUACUGGGAGGGUAUAUUAUUAAAAAGCUGAAAUUGGGAGCAAGAGAGUCAGCCAAACUGGCCAUGAUCUGUAGCGGAGUGUCUCUGCUCUGUUUCUCCACACUUUUCAUUGUUGGCUGUGAGAGCAUUAAUCUAGGAGGAAUCAACAUACCCUACACUACUGGACCCACACUGACUCUGUCCCAUCGGAACCUAACUGGUGGCUGUAAUGUUAAUUGUGGUUGCCGGAUCCAUGAGUAUGCUCCUGUGUGUGGUUCUGAUGGAAUUACAUAUUUUAACCCCUGUCUGGCUGGCUGCAGUGGUGUCUCCAAUGACAGCUCAGGAAUGAGGAAUUUUUCAGACUGUGCUUGUGUACAAAGCAGACAGGUGAUCACUCCAUCUGGAGGGAAUCAUGAGUUGCAAGUGGUCAUUGUAAAAACUUAUCUGAACGAGAACGGCUAUGCGCUCGCUGGCAAGUGUGAGCGCACUUGUGGAACGCUUAUAACCUUCCUCAUCUUCCUCUUUAUUGUUACGCUCAUAACUGCCUGUGCACAGCCUUCUGCCAUCAUAGUCACCCUGAGGUCUGUGGAGGAGCAGGAGAGACCUUUUGCUUUGGGAAUGCAGUUUGUUCUUCUUCGAACUCUCGCCUAUAUUCCUACCCCGAUAUAUUUCGGCGCAGUGAUUGACACCACCUGUAUGCUCUGGCAGCAGGACUGUGGUGUUCAUGGAUCGUGUUGGGAAUAUGAUGUCACGUCACUUCGGUUUGUCUACUUUGGCUUGGCCGCCAGCCUCAAGUUUCUGGGCUUCUUCUUUAUCUUUCUCACAUGGUAUUCACUGAAACGGCGUGAUGAGCAAGCAAGCAUGCAUGCACACACUGUAUCUCCACUGGACACGGUUAGCCAGUUGAUGUGCCAUGCAGGGUGGCAAAAAGGUCAUGCUCGCACACGCUCCUGCCCUGUCUUCCUGCCCCGACCCCCUGAACACUGCCAUGCUGCUGCAGUGCCACCUGGACAUUCCCUAAGCCGUGGGAACAGUUGCCCCAGCAAUGGCCUCAAAGCAAUAACCCUUCCCAUCAGGUCUCUGGAGAAAGUGGUGAUAUGAAAAAGUUAGUGCAGACAUACACAGUCGCACCCACCCAGAUACAGUCGCACCCACACAGACACAGUUGCGCACACACUCGCUUACGGAUACGCACACAAACACAUUUACUCACCCAAAUGCAUAGACAGGGCAUACCUGAAGAUUUACUGGAGUCUCCAGCUCUCCUGCGUCCUCAGAGCCAAUGCCGUGCCUUUUUUUUGUCCCUCCAGAAAUAGUCUACAAUCAACACAGUUUGUAAAAGUAUUGGACUUAAUACCUCAAAGGAAUUGGUACCUCUCUCGUUUUACACAUUUACAUAGAUUAUUUCCUGUAUUCAUCCUGUUCAUACACACACCAGUCUGUUUUCACACACAUGUUCACACCACACUUUUUUGGUUUCUUUUUCCUGUUAGUAAUGUGAUGAGAGACUAAAGUUAUGCUGUAGGCAUUUGCACACUUGUCUAACAUUUCACCCAUUGGCCAGUUGCUCUGUUGCUUAACUGAUUGGUUAAAUGAUUUGAUUAAAUAAUAUUGAGUGUCCUACCAAGUAGAAAAAAGGAAUUUAAGCUGAUUCCGGUAAUUAUGCAAACUUUACUCUCCUUUCUACACAGAGGUUUCCAGUUAAACCGAACAGGACAAUGCUACUACACAAAUGCAAAUAAGAAACAGUAUUGAUUACAUUGUCACUAUUAUUCUGUACUGAGGAAACAUGUGUGUUACACUGGAUAAAAUCUACUCAUGGGAAAUAAAAUAAUUUCCAAGGGUUUAACUGGGUGUUUUGAUGUCCCAAUUGAAAAGAUGUUUUAAUAAAAACACAAUGUAGUGUUGGUGUCUUUUUUUAAAGUAUUAAUUGUUCAAGGUGCUGCAGGGAUGUAACUUCUGUUAAUGACUCAACGUAAGUCAAAUUUAACUGACUUGUGAUUUGACUCAUGUUUGUACAGUACUUGGUUGACUUGACUGAAUACUCAGCAGGGAUAGAAACCAGAGCAAAUUUUAGAACUGUCCAAACAUUUAUACAGUUUUGCAUUUCAAUGUAAUGAUUCUUGCACACAGUAAUUUAUCUCAGUGUUAUUUUUUCUUAGAUGACUGUCAGGUUAAGUUUGGUAUAGCCUCAAAAAGCCUUUUACUCUGUGCAGGGCAACUUUAGAUUGGAUUCUGUAUUAUUUAAAAAAAAAAUCAAGGUAAGAAGUUGAUUA